UUAAGUCACUUUUCCCAGCAGAGCCACGGGAAGCUGAUUGAGAAUCACUUGAAAUCUCCAGCCUCUGAUCUCCUCCAGUCAUUGUUCAAAAUGAGCAAGAUUGUUGUUUUUGCUGAAGAGGGCUUCAAGGGCAGAACAGCUCAAUUCAAGAACAAUGUCUGUGACUUAGAAGAAAAGGGCUUCAACAAUGUCAUCUCAUCUCUCAAAGUCAUUGGCGCACCAUGGGUAGCAUAUCAUGACAAGCAUUUUGCUGGAAAGCAGCGGGUGUUUCAAGAAGGAGAGUAUGCUACUCUUGAUGACAAAGGAAAGUUUUCUUCCCUCAAAAUGAUCAUAGAUGACCUGGACAACCCUGAAAUCCAGCUGUUUGAGCACGCUUACUAUCAAGGAAGAAGUGUGACCCUGCACAGAGAAACCAAUCUUCACGACAUUAAUUUCAGUGACAUCGCUUCUUCCCAUAAAGUGAAAGGUGGUGUCUGGGUGCUCUACCAGCACAUCAAUCGUCAGGGUUCCCAGCUUAUUUCUUUCCCUGGGGAAGAAAUUCCUAGCUAUUUCCCGCUCUCCUUCAACGAUGUGGCCAGCCAUGUGCGUCCCUUGCUGCCGAAGCCAUAGACAGCAUCAUUCAAAGUACACUUUCUGCAGCUGAAUAUGAACCAGAACCCUUUUGGAAAGAACGAGGCAGGUGGUGGGGAAAGACUGAUCUUGACAAGAAACAAUGACUGUGACACCAAUAAUUCUAAGAACCUCAAUUACGGAUAUCUGUCUGAAGACAUACAGUGCAUGUUAAUUUGGCAAAUAUUCUAUAACAAUGAUGACAUUUUUUUAAAUUAACAAUUUCAGUUGCUUUGGCUUUUCAUCUAUAGUGAUCAUUAUCAGUAAAUAUAUAAAGUACAGCUUUGGAAUUGUAUUUCCCCUGUUUGACAAGAUUGAAAUUUCAAAAAGGAUUUAGUUUUUAUUUUAUGCUGCAUAAAAGACAACAAAUGCUGUUUUAUUCUGUCAACUCAGAAAAUAAAGAGCCUUAAAUAUAA